AUGGAAGCGCCACCUCCCAAAGAACAAAUCAAUGUGCAGAGGACAACAGAGAAGAUCAAUGAAGGCCUCGAGGCAAUUCGUGUCAGAGCUCUCCAGCAUGCCAAAGAAGCGGUUGUCCGCGCUGCAACGUCAGCUAGGACAGUCGCUGUGCCUCCCAUGGUUAUGCCCUCCGAUUCUUGCACUACCUAUGACAUUCCACGCUGUUUGAAGAUUCUGGAUCAACGUGUUGCUCUGAAGGACCUGUCACCAGAAGAGCUCGAGAAGGUUCUUUUCAUCAUUUCCACCGGGAUGAAGGUCGGUCUGGGGGAUGAUGACGUGCCUGAAGGCAUGCGAGAGUUUGUGCAGCAAUUUAUGCUGUUGGUGAAGCAUCUUCACUCAGAGAAAGCGAUGCAUACUGCCAUGGUGAGGAGUGGCCUAGCAGCCAUGACUUCUGGCGGCCAGCUCCGCACGGGGAUGUUUCCUGAAGCGUUGGGGCUUGGAUUUAUGGACGCGGCUAUUGACAUUGCGAAAAAACAACCGGAGAAUCUGGAGGCUCUGCAGACGCUGUCCAUCUUCCUGGGAGAUGGAGGACUUGUCUAUGUCAGAAGGUUCCAAGAGAGAGAUGCGCUGAAGCCGCUAAUUGCCAAGUUUGUCGCUUCGGCGUUCACUCUAGACGAUCUGCUUAGUCCGAUGGAUGUCAACCUGCCCGGAUGGACUGUCAGGCUCUUCAGCAAUCUGGUGGAGCCGGAUUUUGCAUGGCGCGCGACGUACAGCGGCCAAGAUACCCUGGCUGGCCAACUCUCUGGCGAGAAGCAGCAGACAAUCGAGGCCCUGAUCAAGGGAGGCGCGGUCCGGAAGCUGGUGUGCGUGCUCGCGCAAUUGACCGAGCGCGCGGAUGACGUCCCGCGCGAUGCGCGCCUCAUCGACUUCGGCAAGAUGCUGGGAAACCUGACUACCGUUCUGGCCAACAUCUCCAACGAGCAAGAGAUGUUCCUCAACGAGCUGAGAUCCGUACCUUGUGCGCUCAUCCUCGUUAACUGA